AUGGUAUUAUACACGUGUAGUUUGUCCGCUUGCAUUUUGAUCAGAUUUAGACAUCUGUUGUUUAUUACAGGAGCAGUGAGAGUGGAAUCGUUUACGAGAUUGCCGCCACCCUUGCACCCCGCAUCCAUGACGGAUUCGCAUGCCGCCUCCAGCGGCGAAGGCACGGAAUGCAUUCCAAACACGACAUCUGAUGAAGACCUUCAGGUUGACAAAGUCGGUGAGUAG